ACACACCUUUAACUUUUUUCUUUGCUCAUUUCUCACCAUCAUCAAAAAGCUGAUUUUUCUUUCACCUUUUUCCAUCAUUACCCUCUCUUCCCCUUCUCCUUCUCUUCGGCAAAUAUUUCACGCGUCAUCGCUUGUUGACAUCUGCGAUAUUUCUUUUUUUUUUAUCCUUUUCCUAUAUUCUUUGUGUGACUAACUAUUAUAAUGGGUGACAACUUGCGCGACAUCCCAGAGUUCAUCGAGAGGGAGCUUGGCGAGUCUCUGCAUGCGAGAACAGAGGCCCUUGGCACAUUCAAAGAGAUGGGAGCACCAGACCUCUGCCACAUCAUCAAGGUUAACGUGAAGCCGGCUAUUAAGGAGACAAGCUCAUAUCACUAUGUGUCCGGUAUUGAUGCUUCAUCUUCAGCUAGCCUGGCUGCUUAUCUCAACUCGUUGACCUAUGCCAUUGACGAAUCACAUGCCUGGUUCUCGAAGGGCGCUCAAUGGCGUAUUCGAUCUGGUGUCUACUGUUGUUAUAAUGCAUUUUCUCGCGUUGAUGUUCGCGUAGAAGUCAAGAUUCCAGGGGGCGUUGAUAGUUAUGCUGUCAGUAUCAGGGGCGACAAACAAGAGGCCACACCAACUAUUUGGCAGGAAACAUAUAUAUCUGCCAUGCUACGAGCAAUCCUUUAUUCGGACGAUGCCAACUACCGCAUUCCUGGAUUCCGUAAAAUGGAUCCUAUCCCGGAUGUUGAUGCUGAAAAGAGGUUCUUUGAGGCUGCGGAGCAAUUGUUCUUUAGAGCUUGGGCUCUUGGAAGCAAUCCUGAGAUCCAGGUCCCUACAAUUGUCAAUAACCAUCUUACGAGUGCUAUCAUGAAGUAUUGCCAAGAGAGUUUCCGAUAUGAUCUUGCUGUCAAAUUCUUUGAGCGUCUUUUCGUGAAAGAACCUGAGGUAGCCUCAUUGCUAGCUCAAGCGUAUAUCGGAACUGAUGAGGAGCUUAAGGCCAUCAACGUUCUGUACGAGGCUCUGAAGCAGUUCCCACAAAGCUAUGCUUUGCUUCAUGUCCAAGCCGACUUUUUAAGAGGCAAAGGGAAAUUAGAGAUGGCUCUCCGAUUGGCAAAACGGGCGGUCAACUGUGCACCUUCAGAAUUUAUUACCUGGGCGAAACUCACUGAAGUUUACAUUGAUCUGGGUGACUAUGAAAGCGCGCUGUUGACACUCAAUUCCUGCCCUAUGUUUACAUUCAGUGAAAGAGAUUUACAGCGAAUGCCCAAACCAGCAAAGGCUCAUUUGCCUAUCCGCAAUGACAUUGACCUCUCUCUUAUUGAUGACGAAACGGGACGUGAGCAUGAGGCCGAUCCUGCAUUGUUACGACUUCCUGCACCAACUCUGCGUGGAACAUUUGCUAGUGCGUACAACUUGUUGACCAAACUCGUUUCUAAGAUUGGCUGGGAUGAGUUACUGCGCUGCCGAUCACUUGUAUUUGUGAUGGAAGAGGAAUAUCGAAUGCAAAAGGAAGCCGAAGAAAGCAUUCGCAAGGGCCAACAAAGCAGAUCAAAAAGUCGUGAUGAGGGUAUACCAGAGGAGGUACCUGCUAGGAAUCAACUCUUGUCGCCUAACGGAACUCCCAUCCCCAUCAUCAAGAUCUCAACUGAAUCUGAGCGUGAGCGCGAGCGUGAACAAGAGGAGGCUGAAGAGGAAGCUCGUGCUAAGGCAGUGACGGAAGCUUCAGAUAAGACCACAGAUGAUAAUGCUGAUCAGUCCAUGGAGGACAUUAAGUUGGAUGACUUGUCUCUUAAUAGUGAUAAGGAAGACAAGGAUCAAGAUCAGGAACAAGAUCAAGAAGAGGACGAUGAACAGAAGGCCCAGGAAGAGCAGGAAAAGCAGGUAGAGCAGCAAGAGCAGGAAGAGCAGGAGAAGAAGCCUGACUCUGAGAUCAAGUCGAGUGGCGAUGAGGAGACUCAGGAUAGCCCUCAGCAUGUUUCCAGCAAGGGAAAGCAAAUCGAAAAACCUAGUAUUGCAGCUGCAUCAGACGAUGAAGAAAACGAAGAUGACGAAGUUGAACUGUCGUUCUCGUUCAGCAACAAACGUCUCUGCGACCGUUGGUUGGACAACCUUUUCAUGGUUUUGUAUGAAGACCUGCGCCAGUACACGAUCUGGCGAUCAGAAAUACAUAAUUACCAAACUAUGCAGGCGCCCUACCGCAGGUCAGGCACAGAAUGGGAGAUCUAUGGUGAUUUGGCGAUGCGUUUGCACCAUCGUGAUGAAGCUAAGGACGCAUACCAACAUUGUGCUGACCAAAAAUUUUCUGCUAAAGCACUGGCCCGACUCUUGGAAAUCUAUGCUGAAGAGGGCGAACUGCACAAAGCCAUGGAGGUUGCCAUCAAACUGUGUGUCUACCAUGAGCGUUGGUAUAAUGAAACAAUCUUCCCUACAACGAUCGCAUACAAUUUGAACAAGUUGAUUGAAUCAGAUGGUUUAGCAAAGGUGCAAAACACACUUCAUGCGAUGAAUACAUCGCCUGCAGUAUUCAAGUUGAUGUCGCGGUAUCUGACACGCGCUAAGACGUUUGAGAUUCCUGGUACUGCAGUCAAGUCACAUCUGGACACUUAAAAAAAGCAUACUCACAGGUUUGAGUUAUUAAUAUCAUGCAAGAAAUAAAAAAAAAUUCUUGGGUAUCCGAAUACUAUCAUAGAACAAGGAGCAAUAAAAAAAAAAGUCGUAC